UACUGUAUUAUCUAGUCUGUAAUGGUUUGCCUUGAUGUUAACUUACAAUGCACAGCUUUCUAAGAGUGAAUUCAGCAAUACUUUGCCUGGGCAUUUUAUGCUCAUCAUUGAGCAGCGCUGACCCGGCACCUAAAGACCCAGUGGACUGUUCACUGUCUGAGUGGUCUUCAUGGACUCGCUGUGAUGCCUGUCUGAAAAAAAGGUUCCGCUAUGCCACGCUGAUCCAGCCGUCUGAGUUUGGAGGAGAACCGUGUCAAAAUAAUGGUCGAGAGGAGGAAUCAUGUACGCCUCCAGCUCGAUUCUCCUGCCAGAAGUCCUUUGCUAUCUGCCAGGGCUUCCGCUGCACGGUCACAGGCCGCUGUGUGCUGGAGAAUCUGCGCUGUAAUGGAGAUGAUGACUGUGGAGACGGAUCUGAUGAGCAGGACUGUAAGAAAGUCUACAAAGCUUGUAAUCAGCCCACCGAGGAGUAUUACGGCAUCGAGAAUCUUGCUAAAGGAUUCAACAUUUUGAAUGGUAAAAUGGAAGCAGUGGUGCUUGAUAACCGAUAUUACGCUGGCGGCUGCCUGCCUCAUUUUAUCCAAGAUGUUCGCUUCAGGAAGCCGUUUAAUUUACAACAGUACACAAUAGAGACAAAGGGCUCGUAUGAUUUCAACAUGAAGGAGUACGAUUCCUACAGCGAAUACUUCAAGAGUGAAAGUCAUUCAACUCUGUCCAAAACCAGCGUCUCGAUUGGGAUUGCUUACCCCAAUGCCUUUGACUUCAGCUUUGCCUAUAAUGACCACAAAUACAAGCGAUCGGUCAAAAAGAUGCGCACAUAUUCGGGGACGAAAAACAAGUUCAUCCGUGCUCACUCUGAGCUUGAGGUCGCUCGCUACGCUUUAAAACCACAAAACCUGAUGCUACACCCUGAGUUUGUGUCCCGACUGAACGCGCUGCCGCUGGAGUACUCAUACGGAGAAUACCGGCAGAUCUACCAAGACUACGGCACACAUUUCAUCAAGGAGGCAACUCUGGGUGGAGAAUUUGAGUACACCGUUAUCCUCAACGACGAGAAGUUCGAGAAAUCUGGCUACUCACUUGAUGAAACCAAGAAUUGUGUGCAGGUUGGGCUUAAGGUUGGAGUCCAGGUUAAAAAGAUCUAUGUGGGACUUGGACUUUCAGGUGGAAGCUGUGAAGGCCUGCUGAAAGAGAUCGGAGAUUCCACAAAGGAGAGGGAUAUGGUGGAAGAUGUGUUUAUUGUGGUCAAAGGGGGCGACAGUGAGACCGUCUCUCGUCUGGCGGCGAAACAGCUGCCGACUCCAGACAUCAUGCAGAUGUGGGGAGAAGCCGUCUUCUACAAUCCUGAGUUUAUAAGCAAGAAGAUCGAACCGAUUUAUGAGCUGGUGCCACCUCGAGAGGCAAACGCAAACAUCCUAAAGAAAAACCUGAAGAGAGCUCUGUCAGAGUAUCUGAGUGAAAGCAGCGCCUGCAGAUGUUCACCGUGUCUUAAUAAUGGCCUGGCAGUGCUCAAGGGCAUGAGAUGUACUUGUAUUUGUCCAGCGGGUGUCAAAGGAGUGAGUUGUGAGAUAACUCAAAGAAAAGGUUUGGCAAUAGAUGGAAACUGGAGCUGCUGGUCUUCAUGGUCGAGCUGCUCAGGAAAGAUCCAACAUCGCACCCGUCAGUGUAAUAAUCCAGCCCCACACAACGGUGGAGUAGCAUGUGCUGGAGCUCAGGAGGAGUCCGCGGAUUGUGUCUAAAGUGUGUUAUUUACUGGGUAGAAACUGAUUGCAUCGUGUCCUAAUGCAGUUGAAGUCAGAAUUAUUAGCCCUUCUGUAUGCUUUUUUCCCCAUAUCACAUUUUUGAACUUAAUAACUAAUAAUAACUGAUUUCUCUUCACCAUGAUGACAGCACAUAUUUGACUUGUAGACACUAGCAUUCAGCUUUAAAGGCUUCACUAGGGUAAAUAGGGUAAAGUUAGGGUAAUUAGGCAAGUCAUUGUAUAACAGUGGUUUGUUCUGGAGACAAUCCAAAACUAAUAUUGCUUAAGGGGGCUAAUAAUAUUGACCUUAAAAUGAGUUUAAAAAAUGAUGUUGUUGGUUUGCACUGAAUCGCAGUUUCUGAAUUUCAUUUUCAAAACAUCUACUAGUUAUUUUAUUUUCAAGAUGGGGUGAUCUAUUUGCUGCUGCUUUUGGUAGUAUGGCAAUAAAUGUUAAAUGUAUGUAUAAAUAAACGUAAAAUGUGUUUAAACUCACAUUAGGAGCAUUUAACACCGAAUAAAGCCCAUAAUCAGU